UACUGAGCCUCCCUCCCCAGAGGUACUUACCUAAUCUGCAGGGUUUCAGGCAACGAGCUCUGUCAAAAUUUCCACUUGUGAGGCAACCUUUCGCCUGUCGUGUUUACAGUAAUGACACAGUGGAUGUCCGCCGUCGAUGCAAGCUGCAUGUCUUCUUUCUUCUUCAUCUAGCGGAAGGUGCACCAUACAAUUAUGGAGUUUUAAACAGGGAGCAGUGUGUUUUGGGGGGGAAGGGGGCCUUUCCCCUCAAGUUGGAUGGUUGGACGGCUGGAUGAGAUUGUCAGAGGGUUGUUGAUAUUGUUGCCUUUUUGUAAAUUAUUUAAAAAGUAGAGAGAGAACAAACUAUUUUUGGAAACACCACAAAGUAUAUUUGUACAAUUUUGUGUAAAACAUAUUGGACUUAGUAUUUAUUGAAUUCUUGAUGCCAUUGUAUGCUGCAAGCACCUUAGGUUGUGUUGUAUUGAUGGUCGAAAUGGUGGACUGAAACGAAUCACAGCAAGGUUCUGGGGUCGCUAGGGUGCGGUGGAACCUCAACACAAGCACAAUUCUAGCACCCCACACCUGUCUCGACCUUUUCUUGAUAUAUUCUUUUCCGUUUUUUUUUUUUUCCUUCUUCGAGAGCAGCUCUGUUACAAUACCCAUUAUCAUUGGAAAGCUAAGCUUGACAGGCGAGGUAGUGUUCAGGUUUGUUACUUUGCAUUGUGUAGUUUUUUUUUUAAAGUUUGUUUUGGGUUGGGGUGGUAGUAGUAUAGUAGAACUUGUAUAACAGAAGAGAGUGGUGGGUUCACUGUGAGGCCUGUGCAAAGGUCAGGAUGAGUCUGGCUCUACCAGACUGUACACCCAAAUGCCGCUCACAGCAGCACGCAGAUGAGGUGGUGGCAGCGCUGACAGCCGGGUCUGAGGGGCAGCUGCGGGCCUUUCUGACCGCACACUGCCACAAUGCGGCCACCCUGCGAGACGCCUUUGGUCGCACAGCCCUGCAUCUGGCAGCCUCGCUUGGCAAGAAGACCCUGCUGGAGUGGCUGCUGGACAGUAAGAGUGCUGACCUGACGCUGAAGGAUAAAGAGUCCGGCUGGACUGCUCUUCACCGCAGCGCCUUCUACGGACAGAUCCACUGCCUCAUGGCGCUGGUCAAGCAUGGUGGGCUCCUUUCCACUCAGGACAAGGAGGGUCUCUCUGUCCUGGACUUGACAAUGAAGGACAGGCCAGCCCAUGUUGUGUUUAAAAACACAGACCCAACUGAAGUAUACACUUGGGGCAACAACACUAAUUUCAGUCUCGGGCAUGGUAACCAGGAGAGCAGACAGCACCCUGAGCUCGUAGAUGUGUUUGCCAGGACCGGGGUUUACAUCAAGCAGGUGGUCCUGUGUAAGUUCCACUCAGUGUUCCUGUCUCAGAAGGGCCAGGUGUUCACCUGUGGGCACGGACAGGGAGGACGACUCGGCCAUGGGGAUGAACAGACUUACCUGGUUCCUCGGAUGGUGGAGGGUCUGCUGUCCCACCACUGCUCCCAGGUAGCAGCAGCUAAAGACCACACAGUGGUGCUGACAGAGGAGGGCUACGUUUACACCUUCGGCCUCAACACCUUCCACCAGCUGGGCCUGGCUCCUCCACCUGCCUCUGCACACGUCCCUAAACAGGUGUUCUCCAAGACCCUGAAAGGGAGAACUGUGAUUGGAGUUGCAGCAGGAAGAUUCCACACGGUGCUGUGGACCAGGGAGGCCGUCUACACAAUGGGACUCAAUGGAGGACAGCUGGGAUACCUGCUGGACCCCAAUGGAGAAAAGUGUGUGACGGCCCCCCGGCAGGUGUCUGCUCUGCACCACAAGGAUGUCACCAUUGCCAUGGCAGCAGCUAGCAACGGGGCGACAGUGAUUGUGACUGAGAAGGGGGACGUUUACCUGUUGGCUGACUACCAGUGCAAGAAGCUGGCUUCAAGGCAACUGAACAUCAAGAAGGUCCUGGUCAGUGGCGGUAGCCUGGAUCACCGUGUGGAUACGCAGGUCCUGAAUGAGGGAGGAGGAGAUAAAGUUGCCAUUUUGGCUCUUGAUGAAGCUGGGAGGGUUUUUUGCUGGCGCUCCUCAGGCAGCUCGGUGAGACAGUGCCGGUGGGCGUACGGGCGUCAGGUUUUCAUGUUGGACAUCGCUCUCAGCAAGAACAACAUGAUGUUUGUGACUCAGGAAGGGGAGGGCUUCAGUGGUGUGUGGGCUGGAGAAUACAAGAAGUAUGGGGAAAAGAAAGAUGGUAGUGUUGAGGUUUGUGGCCAUUCAGAUGCUGGUACAGUGUAUGAGCGGAUCCGUCUGGAGAAACUCCCCUACGUCCACCGUGCUGUCAGCAUCACCAUGGACUCCAAAGGGCGAAAUUUUGGAGUGCUUCAGUCAGACCCCAAGACCAGCUUGUACGAGAUCCCCACUGUCUCUCCAUCCUCCUUCUCCCAGCACUUCCGGAGCCUUCUGGAGGAGGCGGACGAAAUGGACAGUAUCCACGACGUGACGCUGCAGGCCGGCGACCGCACCUUCCCCACCCACAAGUACAUCCUGUCCAUAAGGUCCGAGUUCUUCCGGAAACAGUUUAUGGUGGAACGCAGCGGGAUUGAUGAGGAGCUGGACGGAGAGGUGAGGAGAAGCGAAGAUGCCGUUGGCUGCGAUUUACUCAUUUUGGAGAAGAUCCCCCCGGAGAUGCUGGAGUACGCCCUGCACUUCAUCUACACUGAUUCCUGUGAGCUACUGGUACACGGGGCCCGACCCAGAGUGUCAGGGGUCCAAUCAGCCCUCAACCAGGAGUCAGAGCAGGAGAGGCUUAUCAGCAGCCUGCAGGACUUGGGCCUGAGAGGUCGCUCGGCGCUUGAAGUCUACCGCUCCCUUCCACCAACAACCAAAGGAGACGGGGAGCAGGCCAAUAGCAAGGGCUCCAAGCCUGGCAAGAAGGGCAAGGGAGGCAAAGGUGACAAGGCCGGAGCCAACGAAGGAGGAGCCAACCCUGUGAAAACCUUGCAGGGCAUCGCAAAGAAGCUGGGCCUGGGCAGUCUGUCUGCACGACUGGAUGGAGUCAAAUACGAAAAUGGAAAGAUCAAUGUUAUUCACAAGAAAACUGGAACCAAACCCAAAUUCAACCAGAAAAAAUGCUCCUACCUUUGUGAUGUUACUCUGAAAUCUGACGAUGGGAAAGAGUUCCCCUGUCACAAAAGUGUGCUUUGUGCCAGACUAGAGUACUUCCACAGUAUGCUGGGGAACCCCUGGAUUGAGGCCACAUCCUGCAGUGCACUGGAGAUGCCCACUAGCUCAGAGGUUCUGCAGGUCAUUCUGGAGUACAUUUACACUGAUGAGUCUCCCACCAUCAAAGAGUCCUUGAAUGUAGAGUUUAUCUGCAAUGUCCUGGUUGUGGCUGACCAGCUGCUCAUCACACGCCUGAAGGAGAUGUGUGAGGUUGCCAUCACUGAGAAUUUGACGCUGAAGAAUGCCGCGGAGCUGCUGGAGUUUGCUGCCAUGUACAACGCCGAGCAGCUUAAACUCUCCUGCCUCCAGUUCAUCGUGCUCAACAUGGCUGCCCUGCUGGAGUCUAAAGCGCUGGAUAUUCUUAGUGAUGAAGUGCUGCUGGAGCUCUCUGCAGCCUACAGGAGGAUGAUCCCAGCCAUGCAGAAGAGAUUCAUCACACCCUACCCCGGUGCCCCGGACCUCAGCAUGUAUGAGGAUGAAGAUUUCGACUCUAUGUUCAGCACCAAAACAGAAGCGGAACUGGAUCACUCCUGCAGGGAAACAUUGUUGAAGAAGGCCAAAAUGAAGGCUAAAAAGAAACCACGCCGGCGCUCUGACAGCUCAGGGGGUUACACCCUCUCUGAUAUCAUCCAAAGCCCCCCGUCUGCAGUUUCCCCGUGCCUGGUGAAGUCAGGCAAGGCCAACUCGACUGAGUCCCUGCAGGAGCUGAUGACGUCAGACUCGGAGGGCAGCUACAUGGGAGUGGGCAGUCCGCGAGACAUGCAGUCACCCAUCUUCCAUGACAAGACCGAGGAUGAGAAAGCUGUCAAUCAGAGGCUGAAGACCCCACCCAGCACCCCCACCUCCCUGUGGAACGGCCUCCCCACCCCUCCGAGGAGCUCAGGACCAGAGCUCAUCCCCAAGCUCCUGACCUGUCCUGCUCGUCCACCCCCAGUCUUGGACCUGAGAGCCAUCAUGGACAUGGAAGCCAACUCCCUGCAGACCCUUGGAGCCACUCCUAAAAGCCCUGGGAGUGUCAACAUCAGCAGCAAGCACUCCCCUGUGCCCACCAAGCUGUCCCAGAAGCAGAGGAAGAUGAUGGCCAUGGCCAACAAGGAGGCCAGUGUGGAGUCGGCUUCAUCCAAACCAGCCCCUGCACUCACCCCAUCCAAAAGCAGUGGGAAGGCCUGGGCAACAGCAGUGCAGUCGCCACCCUCGUCACGCUCUUUCCGGGAGCUUCUGGCAGAGGAGGAGAGCCAACUGGUGAGACUUGGACCGACAGCGACCCCGGUCACUGCCACCACCACCACCACCACCAGGAGGGUCACUUUCAAGUGUGCCGAAACCAGUGAGCCAGGGAGAUUAGCUGGGCCCUGGGUGCUUGCAGCAGUGGGCAGCCCCCCCAGCUCCUCCAUGGUGACCUUCGCCUCCAUCGUGGAAGAGGAAAAGCAACAGGAAGCUGCGCUGAUCCGCAGCCGAGAGAAGCCGCUGGCGCUCAUCCAGAUUGAGGAGCGGGCCAUCCAGGACCUGCUGUUGCAUUAUAAGGCGCGGGACAACCCUGACGAGCUGAUAGUGGUGGAGAGGUCUUCCCGAGGUCCUAUUGCCACCCCGACCUGGAACAAACACUGAUGGCAGACAGCACAGCUAACGCAUACCAUUAAACUGAGAACAUCCCCUGCAGUUGUCACCCUGUAGCGUCUCCAUACUUGCAACAUCCUUGCUGCAGCUUACCUGAAACAUGCCUCAGAAACAUCAGUUUGUGUUAAGGUGUACCUCGGACUCAGCCGUCCCAGUGCGGGCUGGGUCUGAUGCGGAACUUCUGCUCAUCUCCCUGGUAUUCUGAUUAGAUUUUGUUUUAUUGCUGCUCAACAGUUUGUGUGUGUGAGAGUGUUUGUGUGUGUUUUAUUUUGUGUUAACUGAUGAAUGUGUUUCUAAGGGUAGAAAGCUAUUGAAAAGUUUUGGGCAAAGGAUCACUUACUGUGAGUUUCUGUUUUUUGGCAGUGGGCGUGAUCUUGUUCUGCAAAACAAGAACAACAUGAAACAUAAUAAGCCUUUCAAAAAAAAAAAAAAAUACUGUCAGCUAUCUAAAUUAUUGUUUAUUAAU